AAAAGGAAACAGUGAAUGCAUGACAUCCACCGACACAGAACCGUUCCGUAUUUACCCUCGCUGAGCUUUUCCUGGUUUGUACAGAGGCGUCCGCCUGACUCCUGAAUUAUUACUGGACAUGGAGCACUUUAUGCAGCACUGAGCAUCGCUGAGGGCAAAUAUGGAGGAGAGCGUUGAUGUCAAGGCUCUGAGGUCGCGGUUCACCAACAAGGUCAGCACCUUCGACACCAGCAGCCGAGACAGCGGCUCCCCAAAGUCUCCACGGCCUGGGUUCGGGAGGGCGACCCUCCCGGUGACGGAGCACAAUCCGGCUCAUCACAGACUGUCUCCUGCCAUUCCUCCUCCUUUGAAUGGCCCGGGCCCGCUGAGGUUGCCCAGGCCAGAGCCGUUGGCCUCCUCCAUCCCUUCCACACCUCCCUCCUUCCCUCGGCCGCCUUUCAGUUCUGGGGUCAGAGCGCCUGUCCCGCCACUGGACACGGGGAAGGUGAAGCAGAAGGGGGAGAUGCUCCAGAACAUGAUGCUGAGGCACCAGAGGCCUCCAGGCGCCAAACCAGCCCAGAUUCAAGCUCUGCUUCCACCUGCGUUCCCUGCACCAGCUUCCACCGCCGCCCCCCCACCGCUCCGACAGCGGCCCAAACAGAGAAGCGUCGCGGAGGUGACCCCGCUGAGGAGACCCCUGCCCCCCGAUGGGCCACUGCCCCUGAAGCCAAAGCGACCUCCGAGUGUCAACCUGGAGCCUUUUAUGAGGUUCAACCGAGGACCUGCCCUUCCCAUUAGGAAAAUUGAAAGUUCGCCAGUUUCAGGAGCCCCAAAAAUGUCUUCCCCAGUAGUGAUCAGUCCUCUGAUACCGCCGCCCCGCUCCAGCAAACCAGGCAGACUGCCGUCCCUUGCCGCCUCUUUAGACAUCGAUGAUGACCAGGACACCUAUGACGACAUUGCAAGUAUUGAGAGGAACGAAUCCUGGAGUGACAACAGUUCGCACUGUGUGGACGGGGAGAUAGAAGAUAUAUAUGAGUUUAUUGAUGGGGACCAGUUGGAGGAGAAACAGGAAAAUCCUGUGAAGAUGAACAAGAAACAAGCUCAAAAGCAACAGGAACGAGAGAAGAAAGAACGGAUAGAGCGUCAGAAAAAAGAGAACGAGCUGAAGAAGAACUUUCAGUUACAAGGGGAGAUUGAGGUUCUUCAUACAGCCAAAGUCCGACAUGAUUGGCAGGGAGGAGGGAAACUGGACCUGGGCGUACAGCAAGGCGAGAGUGUGGAGAUCCUACGAGUGAGAAAUAAUCCAGGAGGCAAAUGGUUGGCUCGUUCUCUGUCUGGAACCUACGGAUAUAUCAGCAACACGUGUGUGGACGUUGACUAUGAAGCAGUGAAGCGGAAAGUGCUCCAGUCCCAAAAAACAUCAGCGUUACCUCCACCACCUCCUGACCCCCCACAGAUGUUAAAUAUGGACAAUGACAGCAUGAGUCAAGAUGAAGAUGACUAUGAUGACGUUGCACCAUUAACUGAGGAUUUCCCCCCACCACCACCUGAGAUAAGCAUAGAUCCCAAAGCUGAGAAGGAGCUAAGAAAAAGAUUCAAGUUGGAAGGGCCAGUCAGCGUCCUGCACGUAAUGAUGGUGGAUCCUAACAGCAUCAUCAAGAAGCCAAAAGGGAAGGAACUCCCUGUGUCUCAGGGAGAUGUCCUGGAAAUCAUCCAGGUCACCAACAGAAAGAAAGCUCUGUGUCGCGAUGGGUCGGGAAAAUUUGGUUACGUGUCCAGAUCGCUUCUUCUUCCAAUGGAAGGAGACAUAUAUGACGAUGUUCACUAUCCAUGUGAUAUCUAUGACAACGAUACCGAUAAUUGAAACAUUUCGAAACACACACACAAACACACACACACACA